CGUUUAUAUAGCUUCGGAUUUUCUUCUUCUUCUACUCCCGAUUGAGAAAAAUCCAAUUCCUGAGAUAUUUUCUUUAUCAAACCCUAGCGAGAAAAUAUAUUUUGCUCCAUUUUCAAUGGCCGAGGUAGAGCGAGACGAGCUUGAGCUGGAAUUAGGGUUGUCCCUUGGAGGAAGAAGAGGAAGUUUCAGAAAAUUUGAAACUACAACGAUUCCUCUCGACAAAGAAUCCGGUUCGUCGUUUGGUGGAGAAAUUGAUCAAACGACAACAUCAAGAUCCAGUACCUCGCCGGCUGCAGUCUCCGAUCAGAAGACGAAACGUGAGAUGCACGCGAUGAGGAGACAAGAGGCGAAGAAGAAGCGACAAGAGAAAAGGAAUCGACGAUUACGGAACUCGUCUUUGGUGAAAGACCAUUGUUCGAACGAUGUUUCUCCUGUAAUGGAAGAUCAAGAUCAAGAUCAACAACGAGCGAGCAAAAGGGAAAAGAUCCAGUUCGUUAGCCAAACGCUGCCUUAUCAUCAUCAUCAACAACAACAACACUUUACGGGAGCUGUGCAGUACCCUUACCCGUCGUUUCAGUUCGUUCCGUUCACGAAUGGGUUCGCAUACCCAUACAUGAUGCCGUGGUGGACGCCGACCGCCGGUGCUGACGGGAAAAAUGGGGUUCAACCCAUGCCUUGCCGGAGCUUCGGGCCGUUUUAUACGGGUCAGGGUUUCGGUUUGAAUGUUUCGAAUGGGUCCGGGUCGGAGAAGAAUGUCGGAAAAGCAGACGGCGAGGCUGGGAAAACGACGUCGAAUGGUUGUAGUUCCUCUACGGUACUCUCAGAUAGUGAAUCUUCGCUUGAACAAAACCAACGUAAUGAUUCGAAAACAAACGACGAGAAGGCUAAUUCUGAAGCUUCAGCCCAAAAUUGUUCUGAAACUACAACUGUCUCUCAACCAGUACCAGAACAACAACCUCCGGUCGCUGACUCUACACCAUCUCCUAAUAAGGCGGCGGAGUUGGACCGGAAACCGCCGAAGCCUCCGGCCCAAAAUCGAAUCGGGACAACUUGGCCGUUGCAACAAAUGCCGUAUGUCUCGACAACAGGAGACGGCCCAAAUGGGAAAACGGUCACUGGUUUUUUGUAUAGAUAUACAAAAUCUGAAGUGAACAUCGUCUGUGUCUGCCAUGGAAGAACAUUCUCACCGGCGGAGUUCGUGGAACAUGCCGGCGGCACCGACAUUUCAAACCCUUUGAAACACAUCACUGUAAUUCCCUCUGCUUUUUGAGUAAACGAUCGAUCCCAGUUUUUUUUUUUUUUUUAGAGUUUUGUGUUCUCUCCGUCAAAAGAACGAAGAAUAUAUUUUUUUUUCUUUUUCUUUUUUAAAAAGAGAAAAAGAGUACAUACAGUGAUCUGAUAAUAGACAUUAAUCAAAGAAAUGUUUGAUUA